AUGUGGCGAGUCUCCCUCCAGGUUGCACAAAAAGCAAAGCACCCAAGCAGCAACCCAAUGAAUAAGCUUUGGGGCUCAUGGUACUCUCAAACCAGGAUUCCGCGGGCGAUAACAAUCACGCUGGCUUGGUACUUAGCAGAGCACGCUCUUACCCAAAAUAGCUGUGCGCUUUUCUGUUGGCGCACCAGGCUGAUCUUGCUCAUUCUCGGCGGUCCGGAUCGCCAGUUCCAACCAAACAUCAAACUGCCAACUCUGCGCACACACAAUUUCUCCACGGCGUCGGCGGCCGUGUUGCUUGUGCCUGUUGGCUUGGCUGGACACAACGGGGCACACAUCCUACACCAACGACACAAGCGCAGGAAGAACCCCGGCCGCCUGUAUGUAGGUGGACGUACUCGACGCCUGUGGGGUGCGAGUGAGGCUGUCGUGAUGCUGGCCAAUCUCCAAGCUUGA